AUGGCACAGAGACACUAUCUCGAGUGCUCACCUCGCAGACGUCCCUUUGAGGAGCCUACCGGCAAGCGCUACACCGGACAAAUCCCUACCCCCGAGGCUCUCGAGCAACCUGGUGUCCGCCGCCGCCACAUCACAGAAUACAUCGCUUUCAUACGCCCUGAGAUCAGCCACAUCAUCACCGAGUAUGGCAGAGCGGCUAUCAAGAGAGUAUGCCAGGAACUUUACGCUACUGGCGUGCGAGCCACGCCGUCUCCUUGGUUUGGGCUGAUGUGCGAGCGCAUCAUGUGGAAGAUGUGCUUUGACCCGCUUGGGGACGAUGCUCCGGAGUGGCCUUGGGCGCAUGUCAAGUAUCCUUCUGUACUUGCGCAAGGCGAAGAGCCGAACGGGAUCUAUGCGCGAUACUGCCAGGAACGAAGAGUUCAAGAUGAAGGAACCGCACGAAUGAAUGCACAGCUCAAAGCGCAAGCCGACGCUGCAGCUGCCGCUCGCGCCGCUGACCCCAACAACAAAUACACCGUCACGUCUCCAGCGCCCCUUCAGAACAUCGGCGAGCCACUUAGGGUUGACCCAGAUCUCGACAUAAGAAGAGCGCUCUGGAACCUCACCAUCAGCAAGCCAUUCAACGAAUGCAACGCAGUCGGACCCUUCGAAGUUGAACCAAAAGUCCCACUGGAGUACUACGUCUUCAAAGACCUGGCGGCCAUCAAUGGGCUUUUGCCGGCUUGCAUAGCUGUCAAGUUGAACAUUACGAACAAGAGGGUCUUUGUCACAAUUGUCGAGUCUGCGCAAGUCAACCCCGCGAUUCCUGUGCGAGAGAUUCUGCUUGAUGUUUGGGAGGCUGUGCAGUCAUGGGCGGGCGCAUGGUGGGCUCUUGUGGAGAGAGAAAGCUCCUUUGCCAAUGCAGCACACUUCCUUCGGCCGCACUUGUCUCCGUUGCCGGGUGAGUCCUUUUCACCACCCGCAACUCAUCCUCAGAGCGACCCCCCAGAAGCCAACCACCAAUUCCAAUACCACUACACGAACUCGGCAGAUAUGGGGUCCAUACAGAAAUGGAUUACUCUCAAGGCGCAAGGCAGCAAGUACCGGCGAGAUAUUGCAUUCGCCCACGUCAAAAUUGACCUCAGAUACGGAUCUGACCAGCACGUAUGGGGCACCGUACUCGGAGCAGCUUGCGGACAGAGUCACGCCAGAGUCUGGGUCGUCGGACCGGAUACUCAGACUGACAUCGCCACACUGGCAUGGGAUCAAGUGAACUCCCUAAAGACAUUAAAGGAGCAUGCCUACACGGAUACCUUCCAAGAGUUUUCUAAGUUCCUCCACAGCACUCGGAAGAUGGAAGGUCAGAAGGCUAAAGCAUGGAAGUUUGACAGGGAUCGGCCACAGACUGUUCUCCUAUAUGUCGACCCCCUCAUGAGUGCCGAAUGCGCGCUCGCCAUGGUGGAAACAGUCCACUGGGCCACCGACAUCAGUCAUGCCACGCCCGUACGAGUCAUCACCGUAUCCAACGCUGCUCUUCCGGAUUCGCUGAAGCGGUUGAUACAUCACUAUGGUCACAGAAACAUCAAAAGGUUUAUUUUCAGCGGCCCUGAGGAGACACUGGACUUUUUGGAACGUGACUUGAAGGAUGAGGACGAGAAACAGGUCGUUGUCUGUUACUCUCCCUGGGAAUGGACCAGGGACUUACCUGUUGAGAAUAAAGUAUCAAUCCGGCGAAUGGCUGAAGACAACUCGCUGAACGACCGAUUGAAGGGCCUGGAAACAAUUCCUAGUCGUGAUAUCCGCACAUAUGAGCCCAAGCAGGUUGACAAGAACAAGUACGUGGUUACUAGCAAAGAAGACCGUAUUAUCCUUCAGAUCCCCCCAGGAUAUCGCCAGCCCUCUCGUCUUGACAGCUUUGAACAGGUCCAUCUGUGCCUGAGCCCCUUCCGCGAACAAGUCAUCUUCGAUCCACACACUGAGCGACUGGCCCGGAUGAGGCUGCUUACGUCCCAGGAAGAACGACGCGAGCAGGUUUCUUUGGCAUAUCGCACAGGCAAUGUACCCUUUCGAGUGGCAAUGUACUGCGAUGAAGGAACAGUUGACAACUUUGUUGAAUCCGGGUCACCUGAACGGCGUCUGAAGGUUUGCAAUGAACAUGCUCCGGGCUUCUUGUUGAGUCUUGUCAUUCUUAUGGACUGGGAGAUCGACAUCCUAAAGAUCAUCUCAUGUUUCUUUCCCACAGAGCAGCAGAAGUCAAUCGUGGACAAAAUCCAGUAUGGGUUCUUAUACCAGCAUGUUGCUCGUUAUGUAGCCGAAGACAGCGACGACGAGGAUGCCUACACCGCUGAAGAGGAUAGCAUCUUUAAUUCACUUGGAGAUUUGAUCGAAGACAGAGAAUCCAUUGUCCGACAGCUUCUACCGAUCCUCGAUUUUGACUAUCGCCUCGCUGUCUUCCUUGCGCGACCUACACAGUCUUGUAAGGUCUUCAAAGCCAAGCUUCAACUCGCCGCAAUCCUGACCGUGGGCAUCGACAAACUCUUCAAUUUCCCCCACAGAGGAACCAUGUCACAUGAAGAAUACAGGGAUUCUCUCAUUGAGGCGUGUCAUGGUUGGACCUCGCCGCUUGCGCAUACAGGCAGCAUGUGGCUCGCCGUGGGUUUAUGGAAGCAUGGCGCCACGAUAGUCGGAGACCACAACAUGGCUGACUUGAACGAGGUUAAAAUACCUGGGACUUCGGUGACCAUGAAUUUAGACGCCUUCAAUUCCGUCCAGCGGGUCCUCACUGCAUUAUCAAAUACCUUCAUCUCCUCAUUCAUCUCUGUUCUGCCUGACUUUCUUGCUGAGACCGUUGAGAUGGAUGACUCCGAAUGUGAAGAGAUCCAGCAACAUCUCGUGUGGGCUUAUAUCCAUCAGAUCGUGGAAACAAGGAAAUUGCCCGACGGCAAGAUUGUUCACCAACUGGGUGCCAGCUCCAGAGAGUUCCGAGGCGACUUUUGUAUCACGCUACCUCCAUGGGCGUUUGACGACACUGACUAUGACAAUCUGCUUGAGGAAGAUGGCUCGUGCGACGAAAACAUUGAAUGCAUCAUGGGUGUUUUCCACGGAAUGUCCCGGGAAUUUGGAAUGUCGAAUGUGUAUCUCGACGACUGGACAUAUAUCCCUGAGCCAGCGCUUCGGAACGUGUGCUUGGAAAUGGAGUACUCGGAUCUUCCAACUUGCGAACCCAACCUGCCUCGAGAUGAUGAGGAGGAACAGGCUCUCUCUGGUGGUUUUGAAUAA